AUGUAUUUUAGCAAUAAAUCCUCUUCAUUUAGUAAUGCAGAAACCAAUACUGAAUUGAAUAUGCUAUUUGAUUCAAUGAUACAUGUUGAUUAGAUGUCAAAGAUGAAUAAUACAAAAAUACGUUUGUAUUGUCAAUUAACACAAUAUGAAGGGAAAUUGUAUAUACAUCAUCUUUAUAAAAUAGACCUAACUUUAAUGAAUUACUAUUUGAUCCUUCAAGUUUGGGUAGAUAUAAAAAUUUUAUUGGAGCAUCUUCAAAAAUAGCAAACUAUAUAAAAUUACUAGAUCCCAAAAUUAGAAAGAAAUUUAUUGUUGAAGAAAAAUAUGAUGAUUAUUUAAAGUAUAUGAUUUAACAAUUAUAUUAAAAGACAAUCAAAACAUACUAAAAUAGAAUGUGAAAGAAUUAAAGCUUUAAUUGAUUAACAUAAUGCUAUUUAUACACUUAAUCUCAAAGGAAUUGCUGGAAUUGAUUAUACACAUAAAUCUAAUCUAAAAAAGAGUCCAUAGAAAUUGGCAUCCAUUUGUACUGCAAGAUAAUCAGAAUCAACAAAAAAUGAUAUUCUUAAAGAUGUGGAUUCAAGUAGAAUUCAUGCAACUUAAAGAGGUAGAAAAGUCAAAGUUAAACCUUUGAAAUAGAAAUAACAAUCUGAAUUGAUAUUUAAUGAUUCCCCAAGAAGUGUACCUCUUUAACCAAUUAAACGAUCUCAAUUGUAUUAACUCUUUGAUAAUUGA